AGCCGCUCGCGCAUCCGUCGCUGGGGAGUCGUGAAAGAGGCGGCUCCAACUUCCGUGUUUACAGCUGAUCGGAGCGGCGUCCGACGCAGAAACUGUCAGUAGGAAAUAAUCUUAUUUAUCGCGAUAAAUCUCGCUAUUUUUGUUGUUUUAUUGUUUACUCUACGCGCGUCGUCGUUGUAUUCUGUUAAUUAGUUUGUCGAGACUCCGGGCAGCAUGGACACGCGGGGUCUGCGGCGGAGGGGCGUCGGGGGAGGAGGUGGAGCGGCAGACGCGGACGAGGCGAGGGGAGCGCGGGGCGAGAAGCGGGGCGGGAGGUGGCGUUGGGUGAAGUGGGUGCUGGCAGUUGUGCUGGUGAUCUACGUGGCUGUGCCCAUUUUGGUCAAGGUGUGCCCCACCAUCCAAGCCAAGAUCGUCUUCCUCAACUUCAUACGUGUACCAUUCUUCAUUGAGCUGCAUGACCCACUGAGCCUGGGUCUCAACCACACAACCAACCAGUACUUGACUCCGGAGCCAGGUGUGCGCCUGGGAGUUUGGCACACUGUCCCUGCCAGCCAGUGGAAGGAGGCUGAGGGCAAGGACCAGCAGUGGUACGAUGCGGCGCUAGGCAAUGGAGCACCGGUGUUUGUCUACUUCCAUGGAAACGCUGGGACCAGAGGAGGACAUCACAGAGUGGAGCUGUAUAAGGUGCUGAGUGCCAGUGGCUUUCACGUGGUGACACUGGACUAUCGGGGUUGGGGUGACUCCACGGGCACGCCCACGGAGGAGGGCAUCACGGCAGAUGCCAUCUUCGUGUACAAGUGGGCACAGCAGCGGGCGGCAGGGCCCGUGUACAUCUGGGGACACUCGCUCGGCACUGGAGUUGCUACAAAUGUGGGUCGGAAACUGUGUGAGCAAGGGGCACCCCCAGGUGCUGUCAUCUUGGAAGCUCCGUUCACCAAUAUCCGGGAGGAGGCCGAUAGUCACCCUCUCGCCCAGAUAUACAAAAUAUUUCCCGCCUUUGACUGGUUCUUCUUGGACUCGAUCACGGACAGUGGCGUUAGGUUCGCAAGUGACGAGAAUGUGCAGCACAUCACUUGUCCCCUCUUGAUCCUGCAUGCUGAAGAUGACCACAUUGUGCCCUUCCAUCUUGGAAAAAAGCUCUACGACAUAGCAGCAUCAGCGAAAGUGAAUGUGGAGUUUGUCCCAUUUGCAGCCAACCUAGGCUACCGCCACAAGUACGUGUAUUCAGAUCCAGGACUGCCACUCAUUAUCAGGAGGUUCCUCAGCCUCUGAGGGAGGAUACUAGACAUGUGUUUCUUGGUGGGAGUACACAGAGUCUGGGAAUAGGACAUCUGUACAUCCA